GUGACGCCUGAAGCUCUACGUAACUACCCUCUAACACUGUCAAUAUCACUAGAACACGUUACAUAUGUCUCUCUUAUGAAACCGCUGUUUUGAAACAGAACGAUUAAGAUGCGUGCAACGGCACAGGCCGCGCUACGCGGCUGGUAUCACCGGACAGGACCUGCGAUGAUUCGACCCUGUUUGAGAAGUGGAGUUUCCUUGCAGGUGAGCUCGCGUGCGUACAGUGUCGUCCCUCCACCCAGAGACAGUGAGGAGAAGGAGAUGCUGCACCGGAUGCUCCGUGUGGAUCAUGCUGGCGAAUAUGGUGCCAACCGCAUCUACGCCGGACAAAUGGCAGUGUUGAGGAGAACUAGUACAGGGCCACUCAUACAGGACAUGUGGGAUCAGGAGAAGAAACACCUGGAGAAAUUCAACGAAAUUCUCGCAGAAAACAGAGUCCGACCAACAGUGCUGUUACCCCUCUGGAACAUAGCCGGAUAUGUAUUAGGAGCAUCUACUGCACUGUUAGGAAAGGAAGGGGCCAUGGCGUGCACCGUGGCAGUGGAGGAGAGUAUCUCAGAGCACUACAACAGUCAGAUCAGAGCGCUGAUGGAGAAGGACCCGGAGAGAUACACUGAACUCCUAGAAAUUAUAAAAGAAUUCAGGGAUGAUGAGAUGGAGCAUCACGACACAGGUCUGGAACAUGAUGCUGAAAAUCUAUCUGGAUAUUGGUUUCUCAAAAGUGCCAUACAGUUGGGAUGCAAAGCAGCAAUAUAUGUCUCACAACGGGUCUAAAGCCUCACACUUCUUUGUGCUUGUUUUCUUACUUGAAGUCACUUCAAUUGGUUGUGUUCCUGUUGUCCUAAAACGUUUGGUCCUAGCGGCAAGAUUAUCACUUCAGAAUCCAGACUGCUUACAUACAGAAGCAGUGAGGACUGCUUUUUCUCUCUCUGUUGUUGUUUAAAUACUUGAAAUUUGUUUCCGCAGUUCAUGUCUUUUUAGCAUUUCCUCUUCUGCCUAUUUUGUGUUGAGAUCAAGACAAACAUUAUUUUUCUGCAUCCAUUCUCAUCACUCUGUGUUCAGUCAGCAUCGGUGGAAACCGCAUAUUUUAAUAAAGGCAUUUGUACAGCAUAAACAGUUUGAUCCUUUUCUAGAGCCGCAGAUCCCACACAUGCCACAGCUGAGCGAGUGAGAUAGCAGGGAUACCUGUAGCGAGGGCAUAUUGAUACUGGCAAGCCAUCAUACCCUUCAGCAAACUCUCCUCUUUCACAUGUAAUCGUUCAUACAUCACACUGAGCAAUGGCUUGUCAUCCUGGCCUAACUGCUAAGCGCCCUCACACAGCUGUUCUGGGGACAUUAGGUCACCGAAGAAGAAGGAUGACAAGAGGCUAGUCCAAGGGCCCCCUAAUCUAUUAGACCUAUCAGCAGCUCGACCGAACGCACAUUCAGAUCUGAC